ACGAGCGAAUCCGGAUUUUAUUGUAUUAGUCAUCGUUUAGUUUUGUUUUGCAAUACUUUGAUAUCAUAUAAAUCCAACCUCAUAUUAGCCUGUCGUUAUCCAUUAAAAUACUAUGAAUUUCUUCAGGAAAGAGCCCACUGUUAAAGAACAGCAGAGACAGAAUGACCGGGAACUCCGCAAAGCUACAAGAGAGCUCGAUAGGGAUAAGGCCACACUAGAGAGAGAAGAAAAGAAACUGGAAAUGGAGAUUAAAAAAAUGGCAAAAGAAGGAAACAACGAAGGUUGUAAAAUACUAGCAAAGCAGCUGGUUCAGUUGCGGAAACAGAAGACGAGAAUAUAUGCGGCCAACAGCAAGAUUUCCAAUGUCCAAAUGACGAACAAGACCAUGGGCGCCAACAUAGCAAUAGCCGGGGCCAUGGGUACCACAGCCAAGACCAUGGGCAGCAUAAACAAGGUCAUGAACCCACACCAGAUUGCCAAGGACAUGGAAGCAUUCAAACAGGCCAAUGCCAGGCUAGAUAUGACAGAUGAAAUGAUCAAUGACACACUUGACGACAUAAUGGACGAGUCCGGAGACGAAGAGGAGACUGAGGGUGUUGUCAACAAGGUCCUUGACGAAAUAGGCAUCGAGAUCAGUGGAAAGAUGGCAGACGCCCCAUCGGUGAGCCGCGGCAAGCUGGGCGAGACCACGGCCGACAAAGACAUUAUGGCGCAGCUCGCCAAACUCAAGUCUUAGGGAGGACUUUAUUGGCAACAUUCAAGGAGAAUACUUCACGAUUCAUCGCCUUCUUAUUUCUCAGAUUAUCGGUCUCAACGCGUACGCUAACGCAAACUUCGGAAAUCGAAGUUUCGUCUGUUUACUUCUCUGUCACUUUACAUGUUUGGGCGACAAAGAAAGACAUAGACACAGCUUUGGAUUUGGAUGUUCGUGG